ACUAAUUUCCACUAACUUGGUUCAUCUGCAUUCACCUCUACAUACAUUAAAAAGAAAACGGCAACGGGAACUGUUCUUAAUUGCAUUGCAAUUUCUUUCUCCCAUUUUGGAACGCGCUCGUCUACAUCACUUAACCUAAAGUUCUAAAAGGUGCGUCUAAUGGUGUGAUUUUUUUUUCCUCAUUCUGCCACACUAACGACAUCAACGGGCGCGCGCGCGGUCUAAAUAAUCAUAACCUCACUCACGUGCGUUCUCUUGAGAUGAAAUGAAAAAUGUAAAUAGCGGAACCCUUUUUUUCGCUUUUAGCUUAUGCGACCGCAUCGGAUCAUCUCGUCUCGGCCUGGGCGGUUUUUCUAAUGAUCCUUACGGCCGUUUGAAAGUGUGUGUGUGCUUGUGACUGUGUGGAAAAAAACGGCAAUAAAGCAAACCACGGCCUUACUACACUAAUGGCUUUCUCCCCCCGGUUCGGUGUAAUGGGCGAAACAAGAUGAAACUCCAUGGUCGUUUAUUGAAUGGGAUAAGCAACCGAAAAAAACACGAUUUUCCCAGAUUGUGGGAAAUCAAAUGGCUGGACGAACGGACGAAUAUCGUUUACCCAUUAUCAUAAUUUCGUUUUAAUCAAAUCAAACCGAUGGGACCGGUGUAUAAUGGCUCCGAGUGGUGAGUGAGCCAUUUUAAGUGAAAAUGAAUCCAAAAAGUGUUUGUCGAGUUGGGUUCGGGAGUGUGUUUGCGAAGGUUCGCAAAAACCCCCCGUUCGACAUCUGAUGCUCUCUGUGUGAGUUUAAACUAUUUGCACAAAGUUUGAAUUUGAAACCUUCCCCAUCUUGGGGUCGUCCAUAUUCAACUCUCCCUUUCCCGGGAGUUUACCCUUCAUCCAAUGCGAGAGUUAUAGUUUUGACGCAAAGACAAACAAAGCUGUGAACUGUUGCCAAAAGUUGCGCUCGAAGUUUAAAGGUAAUCAGCGUUGAUUAUGCAAAACCUCAACCAACCUUAAGAGGCCCCGGAAACCUGGGUCUGGCUUAACAUAAUCACACCGGUGCACUCACUGCAUGAUAGGCUCCAAUUUCCAAACCCGGAGUUAUGGAGACGUCGUUCGAAACAAAAUUUGCCGGCAAAGCGUGUAAACACUGCGUGAAGAGAAAAGCUCUCGCUUACUCACUUUUCCGAUGCUGAUCGCGAUCAUUGUGGUGUUAGUAAGGGGGGCGGGGAGGAUUAGGAUGGGAAAGGAGGGGAAGAGGACAAAACAAAAGCUUCCACACUGUCAGGCGCAGAUGGUAGGGAUAAAUUAUUAGCUAGACUGUCAUCAACAAUCACUCCGGAUUUAUAUCCCAUCGGUGCUAAGGCGCACGGUUAUCACACGGGAAGGCAAAACCGACUGCGAUGAAGUUGGUUUCGUUGGCUUGCGUGAAAAUGGUACUACUAAAUUGACAUUAUUUAUUUAAGAUCCCGAAGCAUUCCGGCACCAAGGCACGCGAAAGAUAAGAACGGGAGUGUGAGUGAGAGUAAGAAUGAGCCUUUUGUUGCUAAAUUUCGUGUGCAGAGUCCUUGUCUGUGCUUAAUUUAUGCUGGCCGGAGAAAUGCUACCAAACAUUACCAUAAACACCCCGAGUGGUGCCCGCUAGCGCCCUCCAUCGUCGCCGCUCUGGAGCAUUCGGUGGCAAGGAAUUCUAGGACCUUCUCCUCCGCCCCAGGAAAAGGUACAACCGCUUGGGUGUAAUGUACGGUGUGCGCCAAUUUAUCGGUUCCUGUCUAGUGGUGUGUUUCACUUUCCUUCCUGUUGAAUUCGGAUUAGGAGGUGGAAAAUACAGAACAGGUCAGACAACUCCGCGAGGGGAACUGAAUGUCGGGUUUCCUGUUCUAAAACCGUUUACAGAGCUGGAACUUGCGUGCUUUUUCUGUUUUGCUGUCGUAUAGGGGCUCGUGCGGCUUUAAGCUUUGUUUGUGUGUUAGUUUUUCGUUCUCUUCCAUCACCUAUAAAAUCGCUUCGUGGUGUGUUUUCGCGUGCCAAAGCCAAACACGGCGCUGAAACACACGGACUCCGCUCGCACAGUACGCUCAACGUUAACCGAUCGAAUAAACCGAAUGGGGUUUUUUGUGUGUAUUUAUAGAAGGAUAUAUUUCCUUAACUUAGAACGUCAAAUACCUUUCCCCCCCCUCAAACGCUGGGGGAGGUGCCCCAAUCCCACUCCCUUCCUUUCCCUUCCUUGCAAAGGCUUUUAAGCGCCGGAUCCAUCAUCCAUGCUGGGGUUAGUUUGGCUUUCGUUCGUUUAGGCAAGCAUAAAUCCACCCCUCGAACGCUCCGUUCUACUGGUGGAAACGUGCAUUGCAUGCAAUAUAUAGCAAGCACCAGCAGUUGCAAAAAAGAAAGAAAGAAAAGCAAAAACAAAAAAACAGGUACAACUAAACAAAAAAAAGAGCGAAUAGCUCCCAUUGCCGAGGGGUUUUCGAGCUUGGAUAAAUCAAUACUUUCCCCUCCGGUAGGGCGGACCCUCGUAGCUGUCGCGUAUCGCUUUGGGUUUGUAUCAAUUUUUGCCCCAUGCUUUUGCUGCUAAGCGAAGUGGAGUAAAAUGUUUCAUUAGUUUCCAUCCGAAUGCACACGGGUGCGGUAGGACUUUUUUUUUGGGGGAAUAUGGACGAAGUUCUCGGUCAAAGGUUGUGGAGCGAAAACGUGGGUUAAAUGUUUUCGUUUUAUCCAUCGAGCGGUCAGUGUAGCAGUUUUUGUUGUUAUUUCCGGUCCUUUUAGCAAAUGUACGUUACGUAGGCAAGCAUCAGCCACACACACACACACACGAACGGUAAGCGGUAGUUGUUCGAAUCCCUGUAAUCCCUAUAGCAUUUCCCUUAUUGCACGGCUUGACUGCACGUUAAUCUAAGCGUUUUCGUGGUGUAUCAGUUUUAUUGUAAUAAAACGCAAUAUUGUAGCAAUAGUGAGAGGCAUUUUGCCUUUUUUGGGAGUGAUGAUAAUAUUAGUUUAGUUUUUCACUUCCAUUUCGAUCGAUUAAACUUGAUAAAAUGGGGAGAGGAACCGAUUAUUUCAACCAUUUUGCACACAAAACUAGCUUUAUUUCUUGCCGAUACUAACAACUUCAAUCCUUGGCUGUGAUUAUAUAGUAUAAACUAAUUUAUUUUUCUCUCUUUCUACUGUCUUCUCCAAACGAUAAAUUACGUCCAAUCUAGACGGUAAUCAGGACAUACAGACGAACGGUAAGCAGAGCGCAGGCAGGGAAUCAACCGCACAACAGGAAGCCACACUAGUCGUACCGCUGGGUGGUAGCGCGACAGCCAACUCGACCGACAAUCUGCUCGGGGACAGCCGUUCGAUGGCGCCACCGAACGGCCAGAACGUUGUGUCACCGUCCGUGAUGGCCAAGUUCCUGGAGGAUGAGCUAAAGUCGAGCGACGCACUGCUCGGCACACCGAUCAAACACUGUGAUACGUGCGUGUGCACACACGGCCACGGUAUGGCCGGUACGGCCGAAACCCGCCUGCACGAGUCCGGCACGCUGCUGCUGGCCGAUCUGCUCGGCAGCGAGCAAAAGUACUACAGUGUCGCCACGCAAACGCUCAUCAAGGGUGAAGCGAACAAUACGCUCUGCCUGCGGUGCAGCAGCAACCUGAACUCACCGUCCCACAACAACAGCCCGUACAUGAUGAAGCUGAUCAAGUCGAGUGACAGCGUCAUCUCGGAGACGAAAAGCAGCGUGUCCGACUACCUAACCACACCGGACAAGGUGUCACCGACCGGGGGUGGUGUUCCGAAUGGAGACGGUCCGGGUGGUACGAAUGGUGGGACCGCCCUAUCAAACUGUGAUAUCGGUCCCGGCGGUGAUGGCGAUACGUCCGAACCGCUCGCACUGUUGGUGUCCACAAAGAAGGACGACCUGAUGGUUAAUCCCAUACUCGGGCACCAUCGAAUUGCGGCCGAUCGAACCGCUUCACUCACAUCGAACGCAGCGGAUCAACAUCACAACCAUCAGCCACAGCAACAGCAACACAAUAAGCUUGUGGCAAAGCUACCAACUUCCCAGCAGCCUGCGAAAAAGCUGGGCCUUCCCGGGGACAACACCUUCAAGCCGGCUAAACCACCGGUUUGUGGUGGUGUCGGUGCCGGACAGAUGACUCCCCAGCUUAACCGUUCCGAACCGUCGUCGGCUGGACAGCAGCUAAAGUUUUCGCACGAUUCACCAUCGUACAUCAUCAAGGAUACGGAUCAGAUGAGCGGAAGCCAUGCCACUCCGAUCUCGUCCACCGGGAAUGGAGCGUUGGGACAGACGGGAAAGUAUGGAACAUCGGCAAACGGUAGUGUGGGUAGCGGGUUGUACCAUACGGUCGGUAGCACUAACAGCUUGUGGAGCAGAACGAGCAGCAAGGAUCCGGAGAAGGACGGUGCGAAGAUGUUUGAAAUCUUUAAUCGAAAUCUCAUCAAAACCAUCAAGGCUGAAAAUCCCAAAAUGUCUGGUCCGCGUAUCUGUGCGUUGCGGAUACAGAACGGUUCGAGCAACAUUCUGCUGGACAACCUGGUGGAUGACAGUCUGGAAGGGCUUGACUCUAAACCGCCUACACCGGUGAUGUACACGCGCCGUGCCAAGUUCCUGGACGAGGAGCUGCUGCUGGACGAUGAUCCUUCGAUUGGAUUGAACGGUGCCAUCAAAACGACAAAUCUGCCGACGGCUACGUCUUCCGCCGAUUCCAUACCGCCGGCAGGAUUCAACAAAACGAUGGUCACACCAAACAAAACGGCCAUGACGGGAGGAGCUGCCCAGGGGGCAGGUACUACUGGAGAGGUUGGAACAGAUGGCCACGGAAAUCUUAUCAGUGGAACUAUAAAUCGGGUUGAUGAAGGUGGUGGUGGUGGUGGUGUGGAUGAGGAUGGUGUAGGUCCUGGUGGUAACAAGCAGGUGUGUAAUAUGAGUACCACCACCUCACCACAUUCGUCCGAUCGGUUGUGUACGAUCGGAGAGGAGGUUAGCAAUCUGCUGAUUAACACCAAGCUCGGUUCCGCGGCUUUGCCGAAACCACGGCUCGACAUCAACGUUAACAAGCUGGACGGCAUUGACGUGACGUCGAAGAAAUCCUGCACCCAGUCCAGUUCGAUCUCGAGCGAAAUAGACAUCCAGGAGAGUGCUAUACUCCGCCGCCAGCAGUUGUCGCGGGUCGCCGAAUGGGUGCAGAACAACUCCAAGCUCGGAAAUGCCGAACCGCUGAGUAACACCGAAUCGGACAAUGAACCUACGGCAGGCCUUGCGAUAACGGACAGCUUGAACAAUAAUGCCACCACGACCGGUGCUGCAAAGGCUUCCCUCAGAACAUCCGUCCUCGGUGGCAUCAGUACCAGCGGCGAAGGCAAACAGCAGCCACCCACGGCUAGUGAUAUGAAAGUGGCCCGCCAUUUGCAUUCCUACGGCUCAACGGUCGGUAGCAAUCUGCUCAACAACAAUGGCAUCGGUACGGCCGGGUACGCCAGCACUUCCUUUGCUCAACACAUCGGCACGAGCGCGUCCAAACUGGGCGGUGGCGUUAAGCAUGGUUACAACAAUAAUCUCAGCAGUACGUUGUCCAGUACGGCCGGUCCAUCCGUGCUCGAUUACAACAGCAAUUCAACUACCGUCUCCACUGGUGCUGGGCUCGGUGCAAUCCGGAAGGGUGGUAGCACCAUGCAUCGGGACAGUGCGCUUACCGAGUGCCUCAUGGACGAAGAGAGCCGACUGUCGGUGGAAGCCGACCCGGUCGAUCCGGACGACGACAGUAGCAGUGUCGAUCUGGCACAGAUGGAGUACAACGUGAAGCAGUUUCUGCUAAAGCAGAACGAAUGGUCAACGAUGCACACACGCCGACAGUCACUGAUUUCGUCGUCCGCUUCAAGUGUGAAGGGUCGCGGGGAGGACGCGGUGCGACCGGUGCGUGAUCCUUGCAAGGGUCUAUUUCCCGGCAUGGCCGUUGCACAGCAGACGGCACCAUACUCCACGUCCGGUGGUAACACGUACGGCAACAGUCACAAGUACCCGAUCAAUCCGCACCGAACGGAAACGAAUCUGUAAGAAAAGACGGAGAGAAAAAAAAAACGAAGACAAAGCAAAACAUAACCAACUCAAUAUGGGAGGAACACGCUCGCACAAAGAUGCUGCUCCACCGCCGUGUGGGGAUCAGAGCUUCGGAUAGUUAAUGGAUACAUAUACCGAACGUUGCUUACAAUUGUUGAUCGCGUAGUCGCUAGGUAAUGUAAACUGUAGAAAAUGAUAAAACCAUACACACAGCGCUUCGUCCAGAUCGGGCCCAUUUCCCAAUCCUUUCCCCCACGGACAGGGUGGGAAUGGCUCGUUCUUGGUUCCGCGGCACAACAUCGCGGUAUUGAAUUACCGCACACAAACACACGCUCUAGGGCUUAGUCGAUAAAACGUAGUUUAGUGAGAAGGGGGAUAUGUGAAGGGAAUCAAAGUGCUCAUUUAUGUUUAGGACUUUAAUCGCCAAAUUUCGCUGUAGUAAAAUGUUCAUACACGUUGCGUGUGCAGGCUUUGUCAGCAGGCAAUCGCUACGAGAGCGUUGAGGGAAAAAUGCUGAUGAGCUGAGAAAAGUCCGAGCAACAAAAACAAAGAAAAAAAUCCACAAUUUUAUUUUUAUUUUAAUAUUUUUUUUCUUUUCUUAAUCAUAGAUAAAAAAGGCUUAUUUGAUAACGUAAAGCACAAGCACAUUUAGCAUUUUAUAUUAUGCUUUGUACAAUUCAAUUAACCAAAAAAAAAGAUAUCGAUAGGGAAAUGCGCCUCGUAUAUUUUUAUAGUAACACUGUAACAACGGGACACGAAAGUCGCGUAUUGUCUGCGUGUGCAUCCUGGAUAAGUUAAUCAAAAAGGGAGAAGAAGAAGAGGAAGAAGAAACCCACGACAGAACUGCUAGUGAUAGUGAAACAUUAAAGAGGGAAAAGUUCGCCAUAGAAUAAUUAAUCAAUUUAUGAUGCUUUCCUUAACCCACCAUCGGUUUUUCUUUUUGUAAAUCAAACUAAGUUCCUUCGGUAAAGUGUAGCGUUAGAAGUGACGAAAAGGAUGUAUUAUCUGUUGGCUUAAAGUUAAGGGACACUCUGGGGACGGGUCCGUAGAAGAAAGGGGGAGUAGCCACGAGCUACAAUGACACUAACCAUGUAACCAUGCCUUUUUUCCGGUAGAUGAGAAAGCAGGAAAGUGAAGGAUAGAUAGAGGAAGGAAGGAUAUUUAUUCGUACGCACACCUCUAUAUAUAUGCGGCAGGGGACAUCGGACAGUUCGUUAUAUUCCCUAAUAAAAGGAACAAAUCACACCCCCUCCUUAAAACCAAAACAAAACACAUAUUUAUACACAACACACCGUUACUAAUAACCGUAUACCCCAUUUAGUGCAAAUCAAGUACGGAUGCGUCGUGGCUUGAGGAGUUCCUAGCUGAUGUAAGCGAUCAGUACUAAGCGCAUAAAAUUUUUACAUUCUAACUCAUUAAAAAUGCAAGCAAAACCCCAUCAAUCCGUCUAGUGAUGCUUUAGGAAUCCAGUCCUGACAUUUGUCCAUAUGUAUGUAUCAGAACCAGUGUGUUUGUGUGUGUGUGUAAAUGAAUGUUGGGAGAGAAAAAAAAACGGACGGGGGAAAGCAAAAAAGGCGCAGAACACUUACAACAAAACGAGGGGUUUUAUCAGAACAAUUCGCUUGCGUACGUUAACAUUCAUAUCUAAUCGCAUUUAUCAAACAGUUCGCUAGAUGGACCGAAUCGGAUAAAUGAACUCUCCCCAGUACCCCCCAGUAAAUGCCGAUACCGUGAUAGUUGAGUUUUUACCUCCUGUUUUCAUCAAUUAUAAAGGAAGCAUUAAUGCCUAAACAAGAUUUAUCCAACAAAAAAAUGAUGAAAAAGUAAAAUGUCCCGAUGAGAAAGUCGUGUCCAUAGGAACCAAUACGAACGGUACGGUACAAAAAACCAAUCCACCAAACCCCUAGGCGCGGAAUGAAUAUAUUCGUUUUGAUGGCUUCAUGUGAUAUACAACCCGUAAAUAUUAGUAACAGAAAAACAAAAGAAAAAAAACUCGCUCCCUCCUUAUGGCACACUAUCCGAUCUGAUCAAAAACCCUUCAGCUUUGUUUCCCUGGCUCAAAGUAUUCCCAUUAAUAUAUAUAAAUAUGCUUCUGCGGUUUAGCUUUCGAUUUUCCGUUCGCAUUUAGUCACCGUUGGCUCCCGGUGACGGUGACUUACUUUAGAUGUCUUUAUUCUACAAACGUUACCUGCUUUCAGACCUCUAGUCUGCACUGGCGCGCAUGCACUCUAUGCUCAACACCUACCCUCGAAAAAAAAGGCACCAAGGGCUGUAUAUGGAGACAGAGAAAAAUUCCCUCGCACGGAGGGCAUGAGUGCUAACCAUCCUACCAUAAGAAGAAGAAAAAAAUACUUAAACAAAACGCUUUAAUUUAAGACGAUCAACUUACUAAUCGUAUCGUAUCUAUUUACAUGUAACGCCGUAUAACGUAUACCAUCCGUCAUCGAUCGAAAUACCCUUUCCGAAUGAAAUCAAAGCAAUCCAUCCCAUUUUCUUCCCAGUGAAAUCCUAAUCGGGAGAAAAAUGUCUCACUUCCCUCUCACUCAUUACUCAUCACUCACGCACCAUGUAUGCAUGUCUUAUCGUGUUCUUGUUGCGUUCGUUUUCGUGUUACAUUCCUUUUCGGUUUUUGUUCCCAUGCGCACUUUAUCAGUUAAAAUUCCGCACUGUACAUCCGGUGGUGCAAAAGGGAAACCAUAAAACAUAAAAAUUAUUCCCAAUUACGGCAUCCCGCUGGUAGGCCUUCGGAUCAUGAGCUGUACGAUACGCACUGCUAUCAUAUUGUCCUUUCCAUUGCGAUGGAUAACAAAGGAUUCCAACGACCGAUAAGAGAGGAACGGGAAUGCUAUCGUUUUAUCUUUUUCUCUAGAUUAGAUGCAUUAUUCAUCACUGAUUUCGAACGUUCUCUACUUGUAUAUUCUUAUGUUUUUUUAAAGACUAUCUAUAUUAUGUUCUUUAUGCUUUACAAUACCAAUUCUAAACAAAAUACCGAUCCAUUUCUUCCACUUGCAACUCAUUUUCUAAAUACUUUAAACAGUAUAAUGUAUUAAGAUUAGUUUUUUGUGGUAUUUUCUAUUAAUGUUAAUUGUUUCGAUAUAGUUACUGCAAAAUCUAGCUCAACUUCCCUCUAAUACUCAAUGGGGACGUGCACAAACAACAACAGCAAGGAAAGUAAAAGCACAAACAAAAAUAAAACUUAAAAAAAAACAAUAGACAGCAUGAUGCUAGCCAAAAUUUGACCUUUCUCCUUCUUAUCAUCCGGUUUCCAUAUUUUUUUUCUUUCCCUAAAAACAUUCCUCUGCCCCUGUUUAUCUUCCUUAAAUACUUGCUAUCAAAUAAACAAAACGGAAAGAAGUGAAAAAUGGAAUGAAGAAAAAAAACAUAACAGCAAACCAAAGCAAAAAAUAAUUAUUAACUGACGUACCGAUGAUAUUUUGUCCGUAAGGAAAUGAAUAUGCUAUUAUUGCAAAACAAAAACCAGAAAAUAAAUGUGUUUCCAAAACUGA